AGAUUUGACUCAGUGGAGUAAGGACGUCGUUCUUGCGGCCUCGUGAUCGCGGUCUCCCGUUGCAAGGAUGAUUAGGAUCGAAACAUUACUUGCUCACUCGACGACGUUGUAUUGCUUAUUUGUGUGAUGCAAUGAUUCACUCAGUGGCUAUUUUCACUUCCUGCCUUUCAAUGAGAUGGUGGUGAUUCGGCGUGGCAGUCUUAGAAAUGUUUAAGUGGGUGUAAUGUGCCAGUUUUUGAUGAUGAAGUCGCCUAGAUACGCAGACCGCUACGAAUUGCGAGCCAUUUUCGACCAAUGAAAAAAAGAUCUCUCGUUGUUUCUUUAGAGUGAAGAGGCAGCAGCGGUGAUGCGAUCUGAAACGCCGGGAAAGCCGAAGAGCAUUAUUAUUAAAGCGAAAGGAGGUUGAAUUUAGAUGACGAGGAGGAGAUCCGACGCUACUGCUGCACUGCUAAGAGUUCUUCUUCCUCUCCCGUCUGUCUGUCCAGGUGAAUGGAGAGAGCACGCAAGCCUAAGAAAAGAUGAAGCGGCGCCAGUGUCUCUCUCUCUCUCGCUAGAAGAUUCCAGACCGUCUGAAAAUUGCCUUUGAUUUGCCGAAGAAAUAGAGACGCUUCCGUCUCCCGGAUGCCAUCGCGCUGGACCCCAGCAGUCACGAGAAAGAAUUGCUUCGGGGGGCACAUGUGAGAUACAAGAUGCGUCUCAAGAAAUGCCCCUUCGCUCACUCUAAGGCAGGUUCCACGAGUCUCUCCGAAAGAUGAUACCUAGAGGCAUCCGUGCCUCGGCUUCCGUCAACUCUGGUUCGUGGUCCUCCUCUUCCUCUUCCUCCUCCUCCUCCUCAUCCUCCUCAUCCUCAUCCUCCUCCUCCUCCUCUUCUUCCUCUUCUUCCUCCUUUUCCUCUGGACAUUCUCACUGCCUGCCCACGACGGCGAAGACGACCGGUCUCGUCCUUCGUGUCCUCAUCGUCAUCCUCUUUCACCUCCCCGAGGACGCCAUGGGCACUGAGUAUGUGGUGGGAGUGGCUGGAAGUCGUGCCGAACUGCCAUGUCAUCUUUUGACAGAACAACUAGAAGACAGAGCCAUUUUGGCUCUCUGGUACAUCCAUGGUCAGCGACUUCCCGUUUAUAGUUACGAUGCCCGUGGUGUCAACGGCCUUCACCAGCCGGACGACGUCCUGGCUGGCAGGGGUUCCUUCGACACGUCCUCGCGCCCUGCAAGGCUGAUCCUCAGUCCCGUCCUGGCCACUGACCAAGGAGUGUACACCUGUAGGGUAGAUUUCAUCUCGUCUCCCACACACAACACUGUAGUCAACCUCACCGUCAUUGAACCUCCAGAAAAACUCGCUAUUUAUGACAGCAGAGGAACGCUAGUUAGCAAAUCCAUUGGUCCUAUCAACGAGGGAUCACCGUUGUCUUUGUCCUGUAUCGUAACGGGAGGUCGCCCUCAGCCAUCGGCGAGUUGGUGGUCGGGCAGGAAUCUGGUGGAGAAGAAGUCCGAAGUCACGCCGAAGGGCCACAUCAAGUCGGAGCUACGAAUCACUGAGGUGACUCGAGCCUACCAUCAAAGAAAGUUUUUCUGCCAAGCACAAAAUAACAACCAACAAAAGCCUUUAGUGCAAGAAGUCACCUUAGAUAUGAAUCUUCGUCCUCUAAGCGUCCGGAUCAAAAUUCCCGAGGACCCCCUGCUGGCGGGAAGGCAGUAUUCGUUUACCUGCGAGAGCCAGGGAUCCAAGCCAUCAGCGUCGAUCACCUGGUUCCAAGACGCGGAACAGAUUGAUGCCAUGAGGACGCUCACGCGUUCGAGUCCUGGCGAGAUAACGGUUGGGGAAGUGACUUUGGUGCCAAGUCAAGAAGAUGACAGAAAGACUCUGAAGUGCCAGGCCAGCAAUCCUUCCAUGCCAGGAAGCGCCAUCUCCGAUUCCAUCGUCCUCAACGUUCACUACGCUCCACUUGUCACACUCGAGAUGGGCAAGAAUUUGGAUCCUGAUUCCAUCAAACAAGGUGACGACGUUUAUUUCGAAUGCAGAGUCGACGCCAAUCCUCAGCCUUACAGAGUCACCUGGGAGAAAAACAGAGAGGAAGUCAAACACAAUCAAACGGCAGGAGUCAUCUUGAGCGGCAACAGCCUUGUGCUCCAGCAGGUCGAGAGAUCAAGCGCUGGGGAAUACAUAUGUUCAGCAACGAACACCCAAGGAACUCAGCUCUCUAACCCCGUCCGGCUUGAUAUCAUGUACCCUCCUGAGUGUAUGGUGGACCAACCUACCGUUUUGGCUGUGGGACGAGGAGAAAGAGUCAACAUAUCGUGUCGCGUAGCCAGUAACCCUCCCAGAGCCACUUUCAACUGGAGGUUGAAUGGAUCGGACAAAACCUACACCUCACCUGGGGAAAGGUUACCCUGGGGCCACCUCGCUUCCCAUUACACAUUUUUAGGUGCCACGGACAAGGACUAUGGAGCCCUCUUCUGCUGGGCUAACAAUUCUAUAGGCAAACAAGAAACGCCUUGUGUCUUCCAGAUUAUCCCAGCAGGGCCUCCAUCCUCCCCGGAGAAUUGCGAGAUCAUCAACAAUACAGCUGAGAACAUAGAGGUGAUGUGUGAGCAUGGCUUUGAUGGGGGGAUGGAGCAGGCAUUUCUGGCCGAGGUUUAUGACGAAGAAGGUGCCUUGCAUCUGAACCAGUCCUCUGGCGAACCUCAGUUUUCUGUCGAGUCCCUCCAGCCAGGGACGACCUACACUAUCAGGAUAUCAGCCUAUAAUGAUAAAGGAAGGUCUCAGCCUAUUUCUCUAACUGCCGUCACACUCAAAGUUGCCGAGCAGAGAGUUGGAGAAAACAAGUCCUUGCUCUACUCUCCGCUGAUCAUCAUCUUCCUGAGCAUUGUGGGUGUGUUCCUCACUCUUAUUGUCAUCCUGGUAUCAGUCACCCGUUGGCGUAAAAACAACCUCGUGAACAACACCUCCUCCAGUCAGUCUUCUGCCGCGAAUCCAAAUCCUACCAGUCUGCCACUGGAACCUCUUCGGUCAGAAGACCCCGACCUGAAGCCCUGUCCUACCAAGGAGGAGGUGGACGUCCCGAAGGUUAAACAAAAGAAAAAAGUGGUCGUCGUGGUGGAGAACGGAACCAAGGACUCCCUGGAUGACAUGGACGAAGGGGAGGCGUCCUCCGUAGACGUCACCUCCUCCAAAGAUGCCUUACUAGGACGGCACGGUCCCUCGCACCAUCUAGCCAAUGGAUCUGCAGGAUACUACGAUAGCUUAGGAAAGACGUCCUUCCCAUCGCACUUCCAGUCUGCUUCUUCUUCGGCAACGUUGCCGCGUUCCCACCGUGCCGCUGCCUCCUCCUCCUCCUCCUCCUCCAGUGCCCUCCACCAGCAUGCCCCUUCCACGAGCGCCAAUGAAAGUAGUCAGAACAGCAACAAUUCCUAUCACUUCAAUACCAGAUAUUCGGAGACCCUCCCGAGAAAGCUGAGCAGGGGUCCAGACACCUACAGGGGCGGAGGAAUUCUUCGUGUCGGAGGGAGCAAUGAUGGAUAUCGAAGUGUUGGAGACAGCAGCGGCGGCGGCGGCGGAGGCCAUGGAAAUGAGCCUUAUGGAAAUUACCGCGGUGGUGAUCCAUACAGUAGCGGUGGGAGCACCCUACGGGUGGCGUUCGAGGACACCUAUCGUGAAAGCGAUAACGAAACUCCGGUGCGCGAUGUUUAUCGUGGGAUGGGUCGGGGACAAGGUUUCGGUGGGAGUGCCGUAGAUCUAAGCUACCAUGACAGAGGAUCCACUUACCAUGGCGUGGGAGGGAUGAUGGAGGAUCACCACAUUCCUGGAGGCAGAGGUGGAGACAAAUACCAGCUGCUCGAAGAGCUGAAAAAUAAUCCUAAAUAUGUUGUCCGGACUCGGACGUGCGAACCGAAUGACGAAAGUUUUGUGUAGCGAUGGCUGCUGUUUCCUUCUUUUGAUACGGAAUCCGAUGGGAAAGGAAAAAUGGAAUGACCCCAGAGUGAAAUGACCUCUUUAAAGACUUGUUGAUGACUGAAACUGAAGUUUGUAAUCACUUUGUUCGGAAACAGGCGGGCGAGGGAAAAUUCAGUUCCGAGGAAUCAGCUUUUUAAUGUACGAUAUAGUGACGAGAGACAACACAGGAACUAUGGAUGUAGAUGCACUCGCUGUCAGCUGUACACUCGUGAGGACUUUGUAACCGCAACUGCCAUUU